GCCACCUGUCAGUGUCCAUCAGUGCCAGCUCUCAGUGCUCAUCCAUGCCACCUGCCAGUGCCCAUCAGUACCACAUCCGUGGCAAAUUUCAGUGCCCAUCAGUGCCACAUCAAUGCCACAUAUCAGUGCCCAUCUGAGCUGCCUUUCAGUGUCACCCAUCAGUGCCAGUCAGUGCCACCUAUCAGUGCCAGUCAGUUCUGCCUAUCAGUGCCAUGCCCAUCAGUGCCACCUAUCAGUGUCCAUCAGUGCAGCCUAUCAGUGCCCAUCACCGCAGCCUCAUUAGUGCACAUCAGUGAAGGAGAAAAAUCACUUAUUUACAAAAUUUUAUAA